AGACGAGCUGACCCGCAGCGGUGCCGGGGAAGAUUCGAUCCCAGAGAGAGAGAGAGAGAGAGAGAGAGAGAGGGAGGGAGAGAGGGAGGCUGUGAAAAAGCGGCAGGAGGAGCGGUAUUUGCUCCAAGGACAUCGGCGACUCUUAAAUCCGGCAGCUCGCUUUUUUACGCAGGAGAUUUGAAGAGAAGAAACAAACAAAACCAGAGGAGCUAAAACAUAAACACAGCCUUUGAUCGCCGGUGUUUUCGCGUCUUUGCAAAUUCUUCUCGGGUAAAUACGGCUUUCUAGAAAUUGUGGCAAACUUGACGUGUGCGCAGAGAGCGCGCGCUUCUUCACUCGCUGACAGUUCGCAUCGCGCGCCGUCUUUGUUCGGUCGACGCGUGAAUGCUCUUGUGUCAUCACCAAACUUCGCGUUCUCUCCCCACCACGCACGCGCGCACGCACGCACUCACGCUCGCCCGUUCUCCUCCCCGGCGCCAGAGACCCUCGAGCACCGACCAUGACGCGGGCCGCGGACGUCGCGCUCACCGUGCUGCUCGCCGCGUGCCUCUCGUGCCGGAGCGCGCGCGGCGGCUACGGCGCGGGUCCGUUCGCGGCGCAGACGUCCCCGCCGGACCCGUGCUACGACGAGCACGGCAACCCGCGGCGCUGCAUCCCGGACUUCGUCAACUCCGCCUUCGGGAAGGAGGUGAAGGUGUCCAGCACGUGCGGGAAGACGCCCGGCCGCUACUGCGUGGUGACGCCGGCGGACAAGGGCGACGAGAGGACGAGGAGCUGUCACACCUGCGAGGCCGCGAACCCCAAGAAGUACCACCCGGCGGCGUUCCUGACGGACCUCAACAACCCCCACAACCUCACGUGCUGGCAGUCGGAGAACUUCAUUCAGUUCCCGCAGAACGUCACGCUCACCUUGUCCCUCGGCAAAAAGUUCGAGGUCACCUACGUGAGCCUGCAGUUCUGCUCCCCCAGACCCGAAUCCAUGGUGAUUUACAAGUCCAUGGACUACGGCAAGACGUGGGUGCCCUUUCAGUUUUACUCAACCCAGUGCAGGAAGAUGUACAACAAGCCCAACAGGGCCGUCAUCACCAAGCAGAACGAGCAGGAGGCCGUGUGCACGGACUCCCACACCGACAUGCACCCCCUGACCGGCGGCCUCAUCGCCUUCAGCACGCUGGACGGCCGGCCGUCGGCGCACGACUUCGACAACUCCCCGGUGCUGCAGGACUGGGUGACGGCCACCGACAUCAAGGUCGUCUUCAGCCGCCUGCACACGUUCGGCGACGAGAACGAGGACGACUCGGAGCUGGCGCGGGACUCGUACUUCUACGCCGUGUCCGACCUGCAGGUCGGCGGCAGGUGCAAGUGCAACGGCCACGCGUCCCGGUGCCUCGUGGACCGCGACGGGAGCCUGGCGUGCGAGUGCAAGCACAACACGGCCGGGCCGGAGUGCGACAGGUGCAAGCCGUUCCACUACGACAGGCCGUGGCAGCGAGCGACGGCCAGGGAGGCCAACGAGUGUGUGGCCUGCAACUGCAACCUUCACGCCCGGCGGUGCCGCUUCAACAUGGAGCUGUACAAGCUGUCGGGGAGGAAGAGCGGCGGCGUCUGCCUCAACUGUCGCCACAACACGGCCGGCCGCCACUGCCACUACUGCAAGGAGGGCUACUACAGGGACCUGUCCAAGCCCAUCUCACACAGGAAGGCCUGCAAAGCAUGCGAUUGCCAUCCGGUGGGCGCCGCUGGCAAAACCUGUAACCAAACCACAGGACAAUGUCCCUGUAAAGACGGCGUGACGGGUAUCACGUGCAACCGCUGUGCUAAGGGCUACCAGCAGAGCCGCUCGCCCAUUGCGCCCUGCAUAAAGAUUCCUGUUGCACUUCCUACAACUCCAUCCAGCAGCACGGAGGAGCCGUCGGACUGUGACUCCUACUGCAAAGCGUCUAAAGGCAAACUGAAGAUCAACAUGAAGAAGUACUGCAAGAAAGAUUACGCCGUCCAGGUCCACAUCCUGAAGGCGGACAAAUCGGGCGAGUGGUGGAAGUUCACCGUCAACAUCAUCUCCGUCUACAAGCAGGGCGAGAGCCGCAUCCGCCGCGGCGACCAGUUCCUGUGGGUCCGCGCCAAGGACGUGGCCUGCAAGUGUCCCAAGAUCAAGCCCGGCAAGAAGUACCUGCUGCUGGGCAACGACGAGGACUCCCCCGGCCAGAGCGGCGUGGUGGCCGACAAGGGCAGCCUGGUCAUCCAGUGGAGGGACACGUGGGCGCGCCGGCUGCGGAAGUUCCAGCAGCGGGAGAAGAAGGGCAAGUGCAAGAAGCCAUAGGCGGGGAGGCGGUGGAGGAAGAACAGGCCGAGCGGGCGGUGCCGAGCGCGGGAGAGAGACGGACAGAGGCCCACGGACAGGGAAGAGACUGUGUAUGUCGCUGCUUUUGUGUAGAAGCAUGAAGAGAGUUAUUUAGGAUGAUUUGUGUUUUUCUAGUGAACUUUGGUUGAAGGAGCUCACCCAGCAGAUUUGGUGUUUAUGGUUUAUUUUACUUUGAGACGCGUCUCAUGUGGAUUUGCCGAAUUUGCACCUAUUACCAGUAUAUAAAGUUAUUUGUGUUUGUUUUUGUUAUCUCAGUAUGAAAUUAUUGUAUUGUUUGGGUUCGUUUUUCUGAUCAUCCUCCGGCGCUUAAAUAACCACUGCGACUUUGCCUCAGCGCAGAUUCCGCUUGUGAAGAUAAAAAAACGAGCUCGUGUCGUUGAGUUCCCUUCGGUGAAGCCGCAGAAAUGCAAAAGGCCUCAGUGAUGCGUCGCUGGGUUUCCAAAACCUCUACGUUCAAACAGUGAUGACGAAAGCAUUUCUACCUUCAUUAACCUAAAGCUCAUUCUAAGUCUUCAGUCUAAAAUCGGGUCCGGGAUUUGUCCAAACCUGCAUGUGAACACGUGCUGAUGAAACCACCGUUACCAUUUGAAUCCGAUUUCAUCCUCAGAACUCGGAGCAACUGUGAUGACGUUAUAUUGUUGUUGUUGUUUUUUUUUUCUAUUUCCAUCUCCAGCAGCUUAACGAACGACUCACGCGACCAGAGGUUGUUAAAAUACAUGUCUGUGUUUAAGUAGAGCUAAUAUAUAUGAAUGGGUUCUCAAAGCCAGGCCAUGAUGCAAAGUGGACUGACAACACAACACUGACAGGAAGUGAAUAUAAAAAAAGUUUUAAACCACACCUUUAAAACCAUCUUUCCUCGCAUUCACCGUCAGCUCGUUUUCCUGCAGAAGGAUUCCUUCAGUACUGUAAGACGGCAGAUAAAUACGCGCGCGCUCCACGCAUUCUUCUACACAAAGCACGACUGUACCUUGGCUACAAAGGCCUCCAGCGCGAGCAGCCACAGGCCGCACUCUCCCAUUGACCUGUCACAUUAAUUCUCUUCACUUGUACACUUGCGCAGGGAGAAACGGGCUGAAUUGCAAUCACUUGACGCUGCUUGAUUCAAACCACAUUGCUCAUUUAUUUGCGUGCAGCUCAGUCCGGACGUCUCCUAGGAAAGCGAGGCAAAAACAGCGCUCAGGUUCGAGAAAAAAAAAAGAGGCCCACAGUGGAUCCUCACUCGUCGCCAAUGAACCCGGCUUCCUUUCAGUCCGUCCCCACGUUGAGGAGCUUUGAUGUUCCUGGGAUUUGUUAAUCUACGAGAAAUACAUCUAGCACAAAAACUGUGAGGCAGGUUUUAAUCAGCACAUAGUUAGAAUCACAUAGACUUAGGAUCUGGACUGAAACGCUAACUAUGAUUAAUUCAGGAAUCUAAUCAGCUGGGCCGGACAGGACAGAUGAUCCAGCGUUCCCAUGACGAUGCUCCGUCUCACACGUGCUCCUGCUCUUUGGCGUCAAACCCACGCCCCAAAGGCUCCGCCUCUAGCGUCCCGGCCUCACGUUGUCCAUCCGAAAAGCGUCUCCUGAGCAACGCUUCGACAACCUUCCACAUAAGAUGCUACACACGUACCUGUCAGAGUAUUGCUUUGUGUUCAUACUAUGAAUUGUAAAUUUUGUUUAGUUGUCACCACUGCAGACUUUUUGCACUGUGGUUUUACAAUGCGUACUAAUAUAUUAUGGUUAUUAUAUAUGAAUAUAUUUAAUGACAAGAUAUUGUGGAUUUUAUUGUCUUUUUAAACUUUUGUUUUUUACUUGCGGUUGUUUAGGUCGUUGCCAUUAAAGAAGGAAAUAACUACUGAACACGCCAACCUGGUAGAACUAAAUUCAGAUUUUCAGUUGAAAUAAAGUUGUGUUACAUUGAAAAAUCA